AUGCGUAUCUAUCUGUUGAUCGUUUCCUGCCUGGUGGCGUUUGUAGUCGCCAGAGCUCCCCCGCCUUUUGUGGAGCCCUUGAUGGACUACCACGAAACGGUAGGAAUUCCUCUCGCAACGAGGAUUAAGGAGGCCGAGGAUGCGAUCAUGAUGGGGGCAGACAACGUGGUGAAUGAUGUAAGGAUUGUUGGUGGAGCCGUCGCGCCAGUCAACGCUCAUCCAUACUUGGCAGGUUUACUCAUCACUUUUGUGAACAGCCCGGGAACCUCUGCUUGUGGCUCGUCGCUUAUCUCCGCCAACAGACUGGUCACAGCAGGACACUGCUGGUAUCACUCACUGCAAGCCAGCCAGUUCGUCGUGGUACUCGGCUCUCAGUAUCUUUUCUACGGCGGCACUAGGAUUGCUACCUCUACAGUCUUCGUGCACCCCCAGUACUCUCCCAGCGCAUUAGUCAAUGACAUCGCUGUGAUCUACCUUCCAACAAACGUCUACUUCUCCCCGAGCAUUCGGCCCGUCUCGUUGCCCAGUAGCAACCAAUUAUGGGACUCAUUUACGGGCGCAUGGGCUGUCGCCGCUGGCUAUGGCAAAACAAAUGACCAGCAAGUUGGUGUAUCAGUUUCGUCUAUAGUCAGCCAUGUCAACUUACAAGUGAUCACGGUUCAGCAAUGCCAGGCAGUGUUCGGCUCUUGGGCUACAUCUGGCAACAUCUGUACGAACGGCGCCGGCGGAGUUGGCAUCUGUGGAGGAGACUCUGGCGGUCCUCUGGUUAUUAACCGAAACGGACAGAAUAUUUUAGUGGGCAUUAGUUCAUUCGUAGCAAACGCUGGCUGCGAGCUUGGUUAUCCAUCUGCUUUCACAAGAGUUACCAGUUUCUAUAAUUUCAUCACACAACAUAUGUGA